AUGGCAGGAAAACCAAAAUCAUCUAGCAAUAGUAACACUAAUACUCAAAAGAAACCCAGUAGUAGCUCUGAUGUUGUGCAUGAGGAGAACUCUCCCAAGAUAUUUGAGUUUAAGGAAAGAACACCAAAUUCCUCGGAAACCAUAGAGAAGAAUGCAACUCAGUCGUUGCAGGAAGCUGAGGUCCAUUUAUUUUCCAUGCUUAAGUUUUGCAAUAACUUGCUUCUAAAUACAGAGCUGAAAGAUAUGAAGAAAUGUGAUGCUCAGGGAGCUACAUAUAUUUUGCUUUCAAUUGUUUUACAAUAUAAGAAGCACAAAGUUUUUACAGGUUUUCAAGGCAAGAAUGGAACUCCAUCUAAUCUCAAAGCCAAUUUCCUUAAGCAUUAUGACAAUGAGUUUCUCAAGAAAUUAGUUUCCGAGGCUGUAAGAAAGAUUUCCAUUGCUCUUUUGAAGCUAAAAGGGUUUGAGAUCGAAGAAUUUGUAUCUGAGGAGUCCGAAUUGAAAGUUGGUGACAAUGUUGAGAUGUUAACACAAAUAGAUGACAGCACUUUCAGAAUAGCUAAAGGAACGGUGGCUACAACUCUUGAUUCAGAGGAAUUUCUAAUCGAAAAUACUCAAAUGUUCGUUGAGUCGUUUGACUUGGAUCUUUCUAAACCAUUCAGCAGGCAGAAGUUGCUGAAAAUUCAAGACAAAUCAGCUUCUCCUCCAUUAAUUGUAACUCCCUUCUCUAAGGUACACAGAGGUUUAAGCUCUUCCCAACUCUGUUCUGUGUCUAAAGAAGAUACCAUGUCCUCAUUAAACAAGAAUACAGAGAAAAGAAGAAGAGAAGAGGACAACAAUGAGAAAGAUUGUGAGGAAGCAAAUGAGACACCAAUAAAGAAUAAGGUGAAUGACAACGACGAGGAAAGUUUGCAAGACAGAGGAACAAACGAUGAUAACAAGGAUCAACAAUCUGUUGUGAAAAAGAAGAAGGUAAUUGACCUUGCUCAUGAUGAUAGUGACGAGGGUGAAAUGACAUUCCGUUCUUACAAGAAACAGAAGAAAGUAAUAGACUUGGAAGAAGAUUGGGAAGAAUGGAAUACAUUCCAACUUUAUAAAAAGGAAAAGGCAAAGAACAAGUUGCUCAAAGAGGAGGUGCAAGAGCUGACCUCUCUCCUUGCGCAACUAAACAAACCCCUUGGGAUGAUGGUGAGUCUACAACUACAGCACCCAGAGUUGCUGCCUUCUCAAUCCGUCAAUGUAACACUGGGAUCAAGAACGGAAAUCAUUCCAGCUGGCAUGAUACAGCAAUUGGUAAGCGCAAACAGGACGGAAAGGAUGAAGAUGAUGAGCCUAUAUCUGUUCCGAAAGGACUACCUUGAACUGAACAAUGAAGAGAAAAAUUUAUUGAUAAACACUAUCGUGGAAUGCACAGCAAAGACGGGCGACAACAAGACUGUGCAAAAAUAUAAAGCAUUGUAUCGUACCAUUAAAUCGAAGGAUAAGAAGUCCAAGAACGAGAAGGAAGAAGAAAGAGAUGAGUAA